AUGGUGGGUAUUACUGCUCUAAGGGAUGUGCAACCGAACAAGGCAUGCUGGAAAGUGUUCCCUAGUACAGUCCGGCUGAAUCAGUUCCCUACUGCAGCUUUAAUGGAGACGGGACCAGCCAAAGAAUUUUUGGCAUCUGUUGGAACCACAGUCCUCACCAGGAUGGAUUUCCUUACUUUAGGGCUCCAACGUGACGUUGAAGCAACAGUGAGAUGCAGCAAAAAUAUAGUUUUACCCUUUAACCCAUAG